AUGGACGAAGUCGCACGGCGAUCCUACACUACCGGUGUUAUGAUGGAAGACGGGGUAGACACAUGUGGCUAUCAUCAGGCUGCUACGGAAAAUGACAGAGGGACGAGCUGCAGCAGUGUUCCCAUACAAGGAUUACACGACAAGCCAAUACCGGACGCCACGCUCGGAAAUAUAGGGAGGUGGUCGAGAGUAGUCGAACAUCGAUACAUCAACAGACAUUAA